ACUGUCCGAGUGGUGCAGUCUCGUCCCCACUGUGGCUGGUUUCCAGGUGUUCUCCCUUCAGUCCCUGAGCCACCACGUGUGCCCGCCGUCCUGCCGAGGGACAGCCACGCUCCUGUGCUUUCUCCUCCACACUCCUCCACUGCACCCCCUUCCAGAGCUCAAGCACCCUGUUCUUCUGCUGACCCCAACCUCUGCCAUUUACCCCCUGUAUCUGAUGGUAGGCAGGAGAGAAUGAUGCAGUUUGGGCUGGCUUAUCAGGAGAACAGACUUCAAAAGCUUCUGAAAAUGAAUGGCUCUGAGGAUCUCCCGGAGUCCUAUGACUAUGACCUGAUCAUCAUUGGAGGCGGCUCGGGAGGACUGGCAGCCGCUAAGGAGGCAGCCAAAUAUGGCAAGAAAGUGAUGGUCCUAGAUUUUGUCACUCCCACCCCUCUUGGAACUAGAUGGGGUCUUGGAGGAACAUGUGUAAAUGUUGGUUGCAUACCUAAAAAGCUUAUGCACCAAGCAGCUUUGCUGGGACAAGCCCUACAAGACUCUCGAACCUUUGGAUGGAAAGUCGAGGAGACAGUUAAACAUGAUUGGGAGAAAAUGACAGAAGCUGUACAGAGUCACAUUGGCUCUCUGAACUGGGGCUAUCGAGUGGCUCUGCGGGAGAAAAAGGUUGUCUAUGAGAAUGCUUAUGGCCAGUUCAUUGGUCCUCAUAGGAUUAAGGCAACAAAUAACAGAGGCAAAGAAAAUAUUUAUUCUGCUGAGAGGUUUCUUAUUGCCACUGGUGAAAGACCGCGUUAUUUGGGCAUCCCUGGUGACAAAGAAUACUGCAUCAGCAGUGAUGAUCUUUUCUCCUUACCUUACUGCCCGGGUAAGACCCUGGUGGUUGGAGCAUCCUAUGUUGCUUUGGAAUGUGCUGGAUUUCUUGCUGGUAUUGGUUUAGACGUCACUGUUAUGGUACGGUCCAUUCUUCUCAGAGGAUUUGACCAGGAUAUGGCCAACAAAAUUGGUGAACACAUGGAAGAACAUGGAAUCAAGUUUAUAAAACAAUUUGUACCAAUUAAAGUUGAACAAAUUGAAGCGGGAACACCAGGCCGUCUCCGAGUGGUGGCUCAGUCCACCCAUAGUGAGGAAACUAUCGAAGGAGAAUACAAUACGGUGUUGCUGGCAAUAGGAAGAGAUGCUUGCACAAGAAAAAUUGGCUUAGAAACUGUCGGGGUGAAGAUAAAUGAAAAGACUGGGAAAAUACCUGUCACAGAUGAAGAACAGACCAACGUGCCUUACAUUUAUGCCAUUGGUGAUAUCCUGGAGGGUAAGCUGGAGCUCACCCCAGUAGCAAUCCAGGCAGGAAGACUGCUGGCCCAGAGGCUUUAUGCAGGAUCCACCAUCAAGUGUGACUAUGAAAAUGUUCCAACAACUGUAUUUACUCCUUUGGAAUAUGGUGCUUGUGGCCUUUCUGAAGAGAAAGCUAUGGAAAAAUUUGGAGAAGAAAAUAUUGAGGUUUACCAUAGUUACUUUUGGCCGUUGGAAUGGACGAUUCCUUCCAGAGAUAACAACAAAUGUUAUGCAAAAAUAGUCUGUAACAUGAAAGACAAUGAACGUGUCGUGGGCUUUCACGUACUGGGUCCAAAUGCUGGAGAAGUUACACAAGGCUUCGCAGCUGCACUCAAAUGUGGAUUGACCAAAAAACAGCUGGACAGCACAAUUGGAAUCCACCCCGUCUGCGCAGAGGUGUUCACAACGCUGUCUGUGACCAAGCGCUCAGGGGGAAGCAUCCUCCAGGCCGGCUGCUGAGGUUAAGCCCCAGUGUGGAUGCUCCCGCCAAGACUCCAGACCACCGACUUGUUCCCUUGCCCGAAUCCAAGGCGAAGUUUCCAGGAAGAUUCUUGGGCUCUUGGCCCUGCGUGUCCUGGACUUAGCACCACCCGCGGCCUCUUGGAUCUCAUGGGGAGGAGCUAGUGAAUGGAAGGCAGGCAGCAUCACACUGGGGUCACCGUGACGGACUCGGCACUGACGUCGGCGGUGCAUCUGAGGGUGCGUCCAUGAAGUCACUGGCCUCAAGCCCAUGCGGUGGGCAGUGAUGGAACCGCUGUCGAAUCAGUUCCUGCAUGACCUUUUUUCCUUUGUGGGUUUUCUUACACUCAUUGUCAAAUUUUCUAAUGUUGAUUUUUUUUUUCCUUUUUUCUCCUUUGUGUCAAUAAUAGAGAUGAGAAACGUUAGCAGUUGAUUUUUGUCCAAAAGCAAGUCAUGGCUAGAGUGUCCAGACAAGGUGUGUUGUUGCCUGAAGGUUAGGUUGUCUCACUUGGGGGCUAUGUGGGCUUGUACAGGGGGAGAACCAUCCUGUGACCGGGGGACAUUGACCUCAUGAACCUGUUGAGACUUUCUCCUCUAAGGAGUCCUGUGUCCAGAACAAGCACAUCUGUGAGCAACACUAGCUAAGUUUGCUCCAGUGCUCCAUCUCGGGUCAUCGGCAUUCCCCUAGGGCUGCUGAGGGAGGAGCUGCUGCCGGGCCACUUAUUGGAGGUAAUUCUCCACUGUGUGGCUCCUGGGAGCAUAUCUCCCACCACUGUCCAUCAUGGAGGCAGGCGCACCCCCAAUCGGGAAGGCAGCUGGAGUCUUCCUUGCCUUAGUUGAUUGUGUGUUGGUCUAAGUGAGCGGACGGUGGCUACAGUGGGAAACACAUCACUUGCUUAAAUCUUUUUUGGGGUAGCUUAUCUUUAAGCUAAAAACGCAAAGCAUCACAGCUUUAUUUUGUGUGUGUGUGUUAGGUUUCUGUUUCUUCCUAAGAACUACAUUCAUAGGAAAACAAGUUUGUUCCCACUUAGGAUUUCCAUCUUUUGUUGCUUUGUAAAGGAACCUAUCAAUAUCGUAAGUUAUUAUUUUGAACACAGGUGGAUGUGAAGGAUUUUCAUUUAAAAACCAAAUGGUUUUGACUUUUUCUGUUAAACGAACAACCGUACCUGGUGGAAUUUUUGCAGAAGUGUUUAUUAUCUGUCAGCAUUCCAACUUGUAUUAUUAUAAGGAGACUAACUCCUCGGUUAAUGUCUUGCUGUGUGAACGUGCUGAGGACGCUGUUUCAGCCCAUCUUUUCUCACUGAGUGGAGAUGGGAACCAGCGGGCAUCGGGCCUCCUGCCAGUGGUUCCUGCAGCUCCUCCUUCGUCCCCCUCCCCUGUCUGCUUCUCCGCCAUGGUGCUGAGUGGUUGUGUCAGAGUACCUUUCCGGGCCACCUCAGGGAACCCAUGUGUCUGCCUGGCAUGUAGUCAGCAGGGGGCCCGACCCUGUCCCAUAGGGCUGUGACGGAAAUGGGAAAAGGGAAAGGGAGGGGGGCACGGAGGCGGUUGACUGUGUUCAGCUUUAUUUAUUUUUUUCAGUUUGUUUUUUUCUCCAAGUCUGCCAAUCUGUGAAAUAAGAGCAACUGGCAGCAUGAGGUCAUCAUGCCUAGUCAUGUUGUGAUUCUCUCUCCAUGGAAUGGAAUGUUCUGUCCCACAAGGAUGACACUUUAUAGACUUGCCCACUGUAUGAAACACAUACUGAAGUCCAUGUAUUUUUGUUACAAAUCUUCUGGAAAAACAAUCAAACAUUAAAAAGUAUGCCUAUCCA